CAUCGCGCGCCGAGGCGGGAAAUUCGAGGAGCGGCCCUCUGUUUCCUGGCCCCACAGCCUCUGGCCGGCCCGCCGGAGGUUUCGGCCUUGGCGCGAUGGCCCGACGCGGAGGCUCAUCAUCUUCAAGCAGCGACGAUGAAUUUGAAAAAUUUUUGUCUAGAAUGAGAAUCCCCAGAUCUGCUUCAUGUUGCACACCAAGGACAAGAAAUAGCAGUUCAAAGGAAAAUUUUUUUAGCUCUCCUGAAGAGAAGUAUGGACCUGCAGCAAAAGAAUCACGACCCCUCCACGCAGCAAAAGCCUCCGAUGUUGCUGGAAGGGUGGCUGCCUGCUCUGCUGGGUCUGUUUUCUCUCCACUCCCAUGCAGUGACCCUGACAGUGAGGACGAUCCCGUCUUUGUCCGAGGCCCUCUGGGGAAUCCCUCCCAUCACCUGCCCCUUGCCUCUCCUUGGAGGGGCUCCGCUGCUUCCUGGGGGAGGCCAGGCGCUUUCCUCCUCCAGAGCCAGCGGCAGAGCUCAAGGGAGCCGGAGAGCUCCGAUGAGGAGGUUGAAAGCCUUGCGGUUCGCAUGAAGCAAAGGAUGUUCUUCCCCGAAGCCAAGAGGGCCGGGAGCCAGCAAAGCCUCCGUGAGGAGAGAGGCCUGGGGUCUUCCCUUGAAAGCCCAGCCACAGCUGCCAAGAGAGAGGGAAGCCUUCCCUCAGCAGCCGGAAUCCCUGCUCCUGGCACACCGCGUUCCCCUGGGACUUCGAAAAGCAAGGCCCUCGUGGAUAUUACUCAGUCAGUUACUCGGAUGCAAAUAAGGGGACCCUGCCACAUCCAGGGCUGCUUCUUGCAGGAGUUGUCAGACCCAGAAUCCCAAUUUGCAAAACAUUUCCGGAGCAAAAAAGAAGGACUGGCUCAAAGGCUGUAUUCUUUUUACAACCAUUCUGUCUUUGAAGAAAAGCUGCCCGAGAGAAUGGAGAUUACCUGGAAUAAGAAGAUGCAGAAGACAGCAGGGUGCUGUGUUACUGGCCAGCUGAAGGAGCCAGAGAUGCAGCGUUAUGCCAAGAUAAUGCUGUCAGAAAAAGUCUGUGAUUCUGCAGAUCGACUUCGGGAUACUCUCAUCCAUGAACUGUGUCAUGCAGCGACGUGGUUAAUCCACGGUGUUCGAGACGGGCAUGGGCGAUUCUGGAAUUUAUAUGCCAAGAAGUCUGCUAUGAUUCAUCCGGAGCUCCCAGUGGUCUCACGGUGCCACAACUAUGAGAUAAAAUACAAAUUUACUUAUGAAUGCUUACAGUGCAAAAACACUACUUGGCACAGCUGAGAUACGAUGUCGUAUGGAAAAGAGAGCAAAGACUUGCCUUGUCACCUGAAGUCAGCAAACUGCUGGCAAGGGAGAAUCAGAGAGCCACAAGUGUUGUCUGCAGCAGUUUUGAGGCUGAAGACCAGAGAAUUCCACGAGGUGGCUUGAAUAGUCGCUCACUCCCCAGCUGCUUUUUCGCCCGUCUGGUUCUGCUUGUGACACCCAUCUGUCCAUGCUCUGCAUACUCUCCAGCCCUCCAUAAGCGCUCACUCUGGGCACCUGUAGCUCUGGCCCACUGGCCUGCUUUGGAGCUCCCGCCUUUUCCCACGCCACAGUCGCUUAACAACCUGGGUGGUCCUCAGGUUAUAUUGGCAGUUGGGACUGCUGGAAUUGUCAUCUCUAAGUGAAGCAGUCGUAUGAUGGAGAUAGAAAGUUUGGUCCCAACCGCUGUGUCACCUGAGGAAAACCUGUACAGUGAAGUAGAAUUUUAGUAUUAAGGAUACAUGAUCAUUUCUUGUUUACAACCAGUAUUUUCAAGAUAGAAUUAUGUAUAGAGUUUUUAAUGGCCAUUGUUUAUGCUGGAGAUAUUAAUAGUUUGCGCUCAAUCACCUGGGAUGAAGUAACUAUAUUUUCAGUAUUAGAAAACCGUCAGAAAUAUUUUGUUUCCUAGCAAUAAAAAUACAUUAUAAUUUUCUAGUGUAAAAAAUAAAUUAAAAAAAAUAAACCUCUUACCUGAAGGUUUUGCUUCUAUAAUUUCAGCUGUAAACGCAUGCCGCCAUCGCCUUUCCUUAGCAGCUUUCUGUCUUCAAAGACACCUCUUGCAUUUGCCUUUCAGAAUUGGGCGCCACUCCAAAUCCCUGGACACGCAGCGUUUUGUCUGUGCUCUUUGCAAGGGGCAGCUUGAGCUUUGCCAGCCCAAGCUCAAAGAUGGCACCCCAGCCAAAGCCCCACUUGCUCCAUUUGCAAAAUACGUGAAG